AGUUUUUUUAUUUUAUAGAGCUCGGCAAGACGAUGUUCGCGCAGUUAUUAACUGCACUCAAUGAUUUUUUGCCAUUUAUCAAGAAAGUUAGUCUUAGUAGCUGACGAUUUGAUUAGAAGUGACAUAAUUUACGAUUACAUAAUCGGGGCGACCACUUGCAAAUAAAUUCUUUUAUAUACAGUUACAUUUGAAAGCAAUAUCAAUUUCUCACAGCACUUCCAAUCUCGUUAAAUAUAAGUUAUUUCAAUAAAAUUUUAUGACACAUAAAAAAUUGCAUAUAUUUCACAAUGACGUGUGAGAUAGCGUUAUUUGUCGAUUUAGUUAAAAUGAUACGAUGGCAGCAUUUACUGUGUCUAUUUUGUCUUCAAUUUUAGGAUUAAUGUAGAUGAAAUAAUGGGGAAUACAACAAGGAGUGCAUUUUACGAUGAGAUAUUUUUCAGAGCAAUAGAAAGCAAAACAAAACUAAAUGCACGUGACUACCAGCCAAGAUCUACAAAAUGUACAACGGAUCGUGUAAUUCCAAAAGACAUGCCUUCUGAUAUUGAUGAUGAUGUUGGAUAUCGCGAUACAACUCAUGAGGAAAAUUUACCCAAAGCUCAAGAGAAAGAUAUACCUAAAGAUGAGAACAGUACACAAACUAAUGGAAAGCAAGAUGAGAGUAGUGCAGAGGCUAAUGUUAAGCCAGUUUCCGUUCCUAAUAACUACAUUACUGUCAAACCGAGGAAGGCUCCAGAUCAUUACAUCGAUGACUCAUAGAUUAAAAUAAUUAUCAAUAUAUUUUUAAUUUACUUCCUUAUACAUACUUGCUGUAUGUUAUAAUAACAAUCCCGAAGACUAUAAGUAGUGUUUGUA